CAAUGUCAACAGCAUUAACCGCCGAUGGAAGCCCACUGCCGCGACCACGUAGGGGUGCGGCGGCGCCAGCCUCGUCGAGCUAUACGAGCGUCCAAGACCAGUCUCCGACUCUAACAUCAUCAUACCUGCCAGAGGACGGAACUUCAUUCGUGACGCCCGCGCCUCACCGCGUGCAUCCAAGACUGGCUCCUCCCAGUACUGCGCAGCGGCCGAGCCAACACAUGCCAACUAGUUCACCUGCUCCAUUCUGGAGGUACGCUGAUAUUGGCAGCACACCACUUAAACCUAUUGGUCAUCUCGACUUGAGUCCUACAAAAAUCGCUGGCCGGCUCCCACCACAGAGCAGCAGCCCACCGCCCCGCUCUGCACGGUCACCAGUUACGAGCCCAACGCGGGGCCAUGACACGAGAGAACAGACAGAGGAGGCCGCUGCAGAACCACCUGAGGUUGAAGAGGAGGAAGGCUUUGAUCUGGCUAAGGGUUUCCAAAGCAUAGGAUCAUACCAUGCUCCAGUCAGUCGUGGUCUUGCUAUAGCGAGCGCUCUCGGCGCAAACAAGCCUUGAUUCUAUGCUUCGCUGCGGCAUUCAAGCCAUGAAGUCCAGGUUGCAUGUUCCCCAAGCUCCUUGAUGUUCGUCCCUGCCGGGCAGUCAGUUGUUUCUUGCGUGGCCUUGAAUGCUAAACACCUUGCUGUCUGUAGUCAAGAAUUAAGGAUCA